AUGGUCAACACUCCGUGGAAAAGAACAUCAAGUGGAUAUGGCGACGAAACCGACGACCACCACCACACCUCGAAGCGCUCCCACCGCGCCGUCCCCUUCAUCGAAAACCCAUGCGUAGGCGCCGACUACGCCGACGCCGUCUUCUCGCAGCGGCACGAGGCCAACCCGGACGAGCUGUGCUUCGACCUCUUCUUCGUGGCCAACCUGGCGACCUUCACGGCGUACCACACGGUCGACAGCAGCGGGUCGCUGGCGGCGUACGUCGGCUUCUUUGCGAUCUUGUGGGCGACGUGGUUCCAGAUCACGCUGCACGACGUGCGCUUCGCGCGCGAUUCGGUGUAUGAGCGCUGCUGCAAGGUGGUGCAGUUUGUCGUGUUUGUCGGCCUCGCGCUGGUGGGGAGCAAGUUCGAGCCGAAUGAGAAUGUGCGCGAGGGCGGGAGCGGGAAUAAGAAUUAUCAGGUGUUGUGCGUGGUGUUGGUUGCUAGUCGGUGUUUGUUGGCGGUGCAGUAUGCGGUUGUGAUGGUGGCGGUGGCGCGGAAGAGGUUUUCGAAGCUGUAUCUGCCGCUCGGGCUGAAUAUUGCGGUUUAUCUUGUGGCGGCGGCGGUGUUUGGCGCGAUGAUUCUGGCGUUCAGGCCUGGGGAUGCGGGCCGUCCGGGGCUGUAUUGGAUUUGGUGGGUGGUGCUGUUCUUGGAGGGCGUGGCCACCAUCACCAUUUCUUGCUUCUGGAGGAUGCUGAGCUUCAAGAAGACGCAUUUGGUGGAGCGCAUGGGGCUGUUGACGCUGAUUGUUAUUGGCGAGGGAGCCAUUGGUGUGACGAAGACGGUUGGCAAGAUGAUGGGAAAAUCUGAUAUCGAUGUGCAAGGGACCUUCCUGGUUGUGUGCAUCGUUCUGGUUCUGGUCUUUCUCUUCCUGAAUUAUUUCGACAACGCGCCCCGCGGCCACUACGGCACCAUCCGUCAGCAGAUCUGGGCGCUCCUGCACUUCCCAUUCCAGCUUGCUGUCGUCGGCGUCGGCGAAGGCAGCCAGCAUCUCGCUCUCGCACGGCACAUCACCAACUACAUGAAGAAAUUCGAGUCCAAGAUCAUCAAGGCCUGCGUCAAAGAGGGGCUGGAAGGCGACAAGCUUGUCAAGAAGCUGGAAGAGGCGGUCAAGUACUACCAGCUGGACAAGAAGCCCGAGUGCUACCGCCAAGUGCUGCAGAUCAAAGACUCGAUCGCAAAGCUGGGCAACAUGACGGGCAUCUGCGCCAAAUCCUACACCAAGACGUUCCCGUCGAGCACCUGGGACUACGCCUUCCCUUCGGACUUCUCCGACCUGGUGACCGAGGUCGGCAGCGGCGUGACCAUGUCGACCGGCAUGAAGAUCCCGGUGGGCGAGGAGCCAUUUGGCGUCCUGCAGCACUCGUGGCAGAUCGUCUACAUCUACUACUGGGCCGCCCUCCUCGCCAUCUUCGCCUGCAUCAUCGCCUUCCUCCUCCUCACCCGCAACCGCCAAUUCCGUAUCGACCUCUUCGACGCCACCAGCAUCGGCGGGCGCGUCCUCAUGGCCUCGCUGUGCCUCCUCUUCGGCUGCCUCGGCAUCGCGGGCGCGGGGCACCACGAGAACCGCGACAAACACAACACGACGGCCAUCGACCGCGAGGCCAUCUACCUCGACUUCCUCGCCUCGGGCUGGGUCGUCCCCACCGGCACCAUCAUGUUGGGAGUGACGCUCUUCGCCGACCACUGCGCCCGCCACUUCUGCAACUGGCGCCUGCGCCGCCACGGCUACGCCGUCGCGCCUCCGGAAGGAGAUGAUGAUCACGAUCAUUUGCUGCAUCAGGCGGGGAUUGAGGGUGGUGCUGGUGGGAGUGCCGGGCAUAGUAGGGUGCACAGCGGCAUCUCGCAGCAUCAGCGCACCAACAGCGCGGGCAGCAACAGCACCGGCAAGCUGAUCCUGGCGGGCGAGGUCGAGGACGUCGACGAGGUGCUGGCGAAGCGCCGCGCGCACGUGCGGCAGAGCAGGGCGCUCGGCUUUCGCGAGCAGAGUCCGCCUAGGCCUGCAAAUGCGUUAUAUCUGCUGGGGAACUUCGCUGCGAACUUGACGAAUGUGGGGGAUGCGCCGGCGGAGAGGGGUGGGAGGAGUGGGAGUGGCGAUACGAAUGCCUCGAAUACGACGCUGGUAGGGGGAAGCCCAGAGGAGCGAGGGAGCGGGCGGACGUAUUUUGAGGGGGGUGGUGAGGCGGAUAGGAGGGGGUCCUUCCGGCCAGGGCUUUAUUCGGAGAAGCAGGGUUGA